AUGACACUAUACGUUAGAGAACUCAACGUCAACGACCUGGAGCGGUCACUAGUCGUCGAAACUGCUGCGUUCCCACCAGCUGAAGCAGCAACUCGCGAAAAGAUCGAAUACCGCUUGACAGUAUGCCCUGAGCUAUGUAUGGGUUUGUUUCUACGCGCCGGGACCAGUCUACCAUCAAUCAUCCCUCAGGACAUACCCUUCAUUGAAGAGCCUGGAUCCGACGACGAUGCGCUCCUAGCACACGUCAUAUCCACUAAAUCCACCAACAAGCCCGUCAGAGACGAAGAUAUGGAUUACCCUCGCAAUUGGAAGUCCGACUCUCAGGGUGACUUCGACGUUGGCCACAAGAGAAACGGAAGAACAAUUGCCCUUCACGCACUUGCUGUGUCUCCCGACUACCAGAGGUCUGGUUUGGGAAAGGCUAUCAUGCGGGAAUACAUCGAACGAAUGAAGAAGAUGGAUGCGGCAGACAGAAUAUCAAUCUUGACGUACGACCGGCUUGUGCCAUAUUAUCAAAAGCUUGGGUUCGAGCACUACGGCAAAAGCGAGUCCGAGUAUGCUGGCGUCGCCUGGCAUGAUCUAUCCUACAUUAUCUCUGGUUCUUCAUAG